CGCGUCCAAAUUAACGGUUAGAAGCUGAAGAGAGUUUCGCGUUGUAAAUUGUUCCAUUGACCCGAUUCCUCGAGCAUUCCACCUCCCUUCUAGGCAUCGAACGCGUAUAUACAACACGAACGUACGUGCAAUUUAUCGGAUUCGUCGACGAAUUAAUUAAACACGCGAAUCCGACGAAACACGCUAACCUGUAACGCGGCUGUUUGCCUGUCGAUAAUCCGCCGCGUUAGAGCCCGUGCAUCUCGAACAGGAGAACCUGGCCGCGCCCCGGUGAAAAAUGGCCAGCGAAUUGUCUCGGAGGAUCAAAUACGCCAUGGCGCAUUUGACGCGCAAACAGUACACCGCCCUGCUGGCUCGGCCCAACUGGAGGCGAAUACAGAGGACGAACAUGAACAUCCUGCCAAACCCGUUCGCGAUCCGGCGGUCGGCGCUGAAAGCGCGCGCUUCGAAACGCGUGAAAGUCAUGGCUCAGCCGAGGCACAUGACCAAGAAGUACGACCCGGAAACCGCCCCGCCGCCGUACCCACGAAUCCACCCGAAGACCCUCGCCGCCAAGACCACCAGACGUAUCCUGGAUCUGGCGCUUCCCCACAAAAGAAUACUGUUGGCGAACAUGCGGUACCAGACGAGCGGCAACAUCACGGAGACCCUGUGGAAGGUUCAGAACUCGCGGUAUAGAAGGUACCGGUACUUCUGCAACGCCAGGCUGCAGCGCGAAGCGAGGAAAAAACAGAGGAUCCUGGCGAAGUUGCGCAGGGUGAUAAAGCCCGAUGAAUGGGAGCAGCACUUGGAGACGUUGGAGAGACUCGCCGCGCCGAAAAUUCCGCCGAAGCCGAAGCCUUUUGGCAAGAAGAGGAAAUGGAGGCGGGUGAACGCGCAGAGACUCGAAGAGCUGUCGGCGCCGGCGAGCAGGGAGUUGCCGGACGUCCGAGAUCCGUUCGUGGUACCGCCAUCCGCUCUCGUCUACAAGAUCAGCAAUCGGACGGCGGAGCUCGCGCAACACAGAGAUCCCCAGCUGCAUCUGCCUCCGCGGGAACCGGGUGCAGUGUCGCGGGCCGCGCUCUCUGCCAUAGCCACCCCGAGGUUGAUAAUCCUGGCGAAGCCGGCGCAACGUCCCGCAGGAAUGGAAACCGACCUGAGGGAAGACGCGUUCACCGUCUCGCCGAAAGCCCUGAAAGCCAAAUGCACGAAGCGACUAAAGUUCUUGGCCAGGCCGAAAACCUACAGAAGAUGAAUCGUUUAGCUUCGCAGUAAUUUAUACCGCGUUUAUAAUCGUCCCUGUUGUCCCACAAUGUGCAUAGAACACGUGCAAUUGUCCAAGAA